GUCACUACUUAGUGCCCUACACGAACACUGAGUGAUGCUGUUGGGAUCGAGCCUAGUCAUGGUUUCCCACGUAUUUAGGGAAGUGAAGCAGCAGCAGCAGCAGCAGCAGAAACCAGGACACUGAUCAGGAACUAAAAUAAGAGACGUAGCUUUGAUUUGACAAACCGUACACUGUCGCUAGGCAACAACUUGACACGUGACACACGAUUGGUCAAAGUCCUUAAGCUCAUCAUCUAGACCAAGUCUGCAGUCAUCCAUCCAUUAAUAAGUCAUCCUUGAGUUUUGGAGAUGUGGGAGUUUGUGGACUGGGGUGUCACUGGGUUCCUCUUUGUGGUUCUCCUGCUCUUAACCUGUUCUGUGUAUGUGGUUUAUUCCGGCCUGCUGACAGAGAUCCACAUCAGCACCGGUUCCUCUCCUGUAAAAAGCAUGACUGUAGCUUAUAAAUACAAACAAGGACCUUAUAAAGAUUCCAGCCUGCUGUUUGCUGAGAGCUGCAGAGUUGCACCAGAGCUGCCCACAGUAGGCGUCUUCUACGAUGAUCCAAAGAAGGGAGGUGAGUCGUCGGCACAGCAGAUGUUGGACUGCACGAGUCUUUGUGGUUUCCAGGUGCCUGGUCCUGAGUGUCGUUGUGCCGUGGGCAGUAUCCUGAGCGAGGGCGAUCAGAGACCAAACGCAGAACUCCAGGAACUCUAUGAGAAGUUUGGCUUUCGAAUCUUCACUUUCCCAGAGGUCACCCACGUGGUCUCGUCUCGUUUCCCCUACAGAACCCGGCUCUCCGUCCUCCUGGGAGUGUAUAGGGUUUACCCACAGCUCGACCGCUAUAUUAAGUCUCUCGCUUCUCUCUCUCCCUUUCUCUUUCUCUCUCUCUAUCCCUCUCUCUCUCCCUCCUCCAGCUGUCCUCCAGCGAGUGCAUGAUCGGUGUUGGAGGGCCUGGACAUUAUUUUGGAUGAGGAGAGAAUAUCUUUUUCCCAAAUGCCACAGUGACAUUUCGGCAUGAUCGCUGGAUCUCGGCUGUAGAUUAUCGGCAAAAGAUGACAACAACAUGAAACUAACCUUCCUGCUGGCUGCCUAUCAAAAGCCUCCUGAUGCUAAUAGACUGUUAAUGCCACACAGCGGGAGAGAUUCGCGUGGGCCGCGGAGCGUCUGCCGCCG